UAAGGACUAUUUUUAGAUUUAACCCAUGUUUUUAAUAUUGUUGUAGGUAACGCUCAGCUGGCGUGGCGUUACAAGAAACUCGUAUUAAGGGCCUGACCAAUUUGUGUGUGCAUAUUUCAUUUUGAUAUUUGGAGUUGAGGCUUCCUUUGUGCUAGUGUGCUGCUACCACUUUUGAACACUGAACUAAGAAAUUAAUGGACGGCUAGCUCUGCAUCUUAUUCUUAGCAUUAGCUGCUCCUCGCUCACUCGCUUGGAGAACGUACAUCUAAAGCCUUUCUUAGUUAGAGAAAAUUGAACCAAGGCCGGCUUUCGGGAAAUAACAAAACCGGAUAAAUGCUUUUGAAGCCGCUAGCUGUAUCUUCUGCAUCAUGGGAUCCAUCCCAGAAGGGUGUUUGCUUGGGCUUAUUGGAGUUCAAGAGACCCCAAUUAUCGGCUUUAAGGUCAUAUACUCUUGGGUCUAAGUUUGGGCAUGAACGGCUUCAGAAAGGUGGGCCAAUAAUAUUGGGAACCUUCCUUUGUGCCAAUCAGAGGGCCAAAAGAAAUCCACCUUUCAAGAAACAAGAAGCGUAUCCUCAAAAUGUGAAUCUUCCACCCAUACUACCUAAGAGAAAGAAGAAACCCUAUCCCAUUCCCUUUAAGGAGAUCAAGCAGGCUGCUAGGGCAGACAAAAAACUUGCAGAAAUGAAUAUAGAGAAAGCCCUCGAGCCUCCAAAAAAUGGAUUACUUGUUCCCGAUCUGAUCCCUGUUGCUUAUGAAGUAGUAGAUGCCUGGAAAGUUUUGAUUAAAGGCCUUGCACAGCUCUUGCACAUCAUUCCUGUGCAUGCUUGCAGUGAAUGCUCUGAAAUUCAUGUGGCUCAGACUGGUCACUGCAUUCAAGACUGCCGUGGUUCAACCAGUUCCUCUCGUCGGAGCUUCCACUCAUGGGUCAAAGGCUCCAUUAAUGACAUGCUUGUCCCCAUUGAGUCAUAUCAUCUUUAUGACCCUUUUGGUCGGCGCAUCAAGCAUGAGGCUCGAUUUGAAUAUGACAGGAUUCCAGCUGUUGUGGAGCUAUGCAUCCAAGCUGGUGUGGAUAUACCAGAGUACCCUUCACGCCGAAGAACCAAACCUGUCCGAAUGAUUGGGAAGAAAGUGAUCGACCGAGGUGGAUUUGUUGAGGAGCCUAAGCGAUGGUGCUCCGCUAAUUCAUCUUCACUUGUUGGUCUCGAUACUUAUGGUGCAUGUGGACUGUAUCCACCUCCACCAUUAUCAGGUGUAGCAAGGAUUGCACAAGAGACGAUGGAUGCAUAUGAAAUUGUUAGAUUGGGUGUGGAUAAGUUGAUGAGGAAAUACACUGUGAAAGCGUGUGGGUAUUGUUCAGAGGUUCAUGUGGGUCCUUGGGGUCACAGCGUUAAGCUGUGCGGGGAAUUCAAGCACCAGUGGAGAGAUGGGAAGCAUGGUUGGCAGGAUGCGACUGUGGAGGAAGUUUUCCCCCCAAAUUAUGUGUGGCAUGUUCAAGACCCAAAGGGGCCUCCUUUGGGGGGUGCAUUGAAGAGGUUUUAUGGUAAGGCUCCUGCUGUGGUUGAAUUGUGCAUGCAGGCAGGUGCACAAAUCCCUUGCAAAUACAAGCCCAUGAUGAGGCUUGACAUUGUAGUCCCCGAGAGUGAGGAGGCACGCUUAGUUGCCUAAUGGAGCCUGUCGAAGAUGAUUUCAUACU